AUGAAGAGUCCUGUGUCUCAACACUUAAAUGGAAAUAGUCAUUCUGUCUCGUCACAGAAUGUUUCUCCAUGUAUUGUGUCCCGUUAUGGGAACACAUCUAAUAACUAUCAGGUACUGAAAGUAUCUGGAAGAGAUUCCAAUUGUUAUAUAGCUAAUAAUAUUGUCCCAAAGAUUGGGAAACAGCAGCUAGUGUCAUUGAAUGGAGAUUCUAUAUCCUGCAAUAGUGUCAACAUUAACGAAGCUUUGGCAUGUGAUGUGGCUUCGGCACCUGCAGUAAAAACCAAGGCACUUUGUGUUCAUAUCAGAGAAAACAAAUGGUAUGAUGCUGGUAAUGUCGUUUCUGUAGGAGUCGCGGGAACUAGCUUAAAUCAUGCAUUGGAGAGUAUGUCCUUAGCUUAUAAUCCCACUACAAAACAAUUAUAUUCUUUAGAAGAAGUGAAUGGAUCUAAUGAUACGCAACUGGAUUGUAAAUCUCAAUAUUUAAAUUCAUCUUGCAACCAAAAAGAAGAGUCUACAAAUGGGAUUUCCAAAAUCGAUGAGGAUAAAUAUAUCAGAUUGGAGAGUGGUAGUGCAAACAGUAGUCCUAGAAACAGUUUACCACGGUCUUGUAGUAGUACUGUGUCUUCCCUUAGUGAAGUUUCCCCCACUGGUAGUUUCUUGAGUUCUGAUGAACAAGUUCCAGAGAAAGUUGAGAAGUCCAAGCGUUGGGGAUUAAAUACAAUUUUUUCUAAGAAUGUUUUUUCAUGGAAGAACAAAGAUUCCCAACAAUCUACACCUACCAGUAGUCCGUCAAGGAAUGUAGACAAGGUAGGAGGAAGUUUAGCUCUAAUUCAGCAGCCAAGACCAGCAAAUUUACCAGCAAAAAAUGCAGUCGAGGAAGAACGUCAUCGUAAGCAAUAUAACGCUAUUCUAGAAGCAGCAAGGAAGAGGGAGUUAAGAGAAGAAAAGGAACGCAAACAGCAAAGGGAGCUGCAACUGAAAGAAGAAGCAAGACUAGCAGAAGAUUCUCAAAUUUGGAAUGUACAAAUUCUUACUAAGUUUGAGAGUAUUAAGAAUACAAAAAAAGUACGUGAAUUAUGGUGGCGUGGUCUUCCACCUAGUGUUCGUGGUAAAGUGUGGAAGUUAGCAAUUCCAAAUGAUUUAAAUAUAACAGCCCAUCUUUACAAUAUAUGUUUGGACAGAGCAAUGACAAGUCCUCUGAGUGACACACUAGCUGCAAUCAAAUUAGAUGUAUCUCGUACCUUUCCUACCUUAUGUGUCUUUCAAGAAGGUGGACCACUAUCUGAUAGUCUUCAAGGUAUUUUGGCAGCUUAUGCUGUUUAUAGGCCUGACGUAGGUUACGUACAAGGUAUGAGUUUUGUGGGUGCUAUAUUAUCAUUAAACAUGGAACCUCCAGAUGCCUUUAUUUGCUUUACUAAUUUAUUGAAUCAUCCUUGUCACAGGGCUGCUUUUACAUUAGACCAAAAACAAAUGGACAUUUACUACAAAGUAUAUUCUAGUGCACUUGCACACAAGCUGCCAAAAGUUUUUUCUCAUUUCACAGAAGCCGGUCUUAGUCCAGACUUAUAUUUGUUAGAUUGGUUGUACACUAUAUAUGCCAAAGCAAUGCCUCUGGAUGUUGUAUGUAGAAUCUGGGAUGUGUUCCUCAGAGAUGGAGAUGAGUUCCUUUUUAGAACAGCACUUGGCGUAUUACAUUUAUAUCAGGAAGAAUUAUUGAAAAUGGAUUUUGUACAUGGAGCACAAUUUCUUACUAGGUUGCCAGAAAAUUUGCAAGCAGAAGCUUUAUUCAACAGUAUUAGUCAAAUGUCUACUACUGUUGGAACAACAACGUUCCAACAAAUGUUAGUUGAAUUUUCUUCAUUGUAA